AUCCAGAAUGUUCUAAGCAAAGCACGAGGCUUCUCUCUUUCUUUGCUCCUUUCUUUACCUUUGAAGCAGUGCAGAAGCAGAACACUCAAACCACUGCAUCUGAAGAAUCUGCAUCAUUCAAAUAUUGUGAGCCCACGCAGAAGAAAGAGAUUCUCAACAUGUUCGGAGUAGUUUUUCCAAACCGAAGCUUCCCUAUGGACAUUUCAACCUUCUCCCAAAUCGACACCUUCCACUGGGUUCUCGACAUGAACACUUUCGUAGGUGAGGCGUACGAUCAGGUUCGCGAGCUCUGCAUCUUCCUCCUCAACAGCUUCACCCUUCCGCCGGAGAAGGCUCUCGCCGUCUACAUCCAGUCGCCGGGAUCGCCCUUCGUCUUCUGCGGCGCCGUCACGGUGACGCGUCCCUCCGCCGUUCUCACCCUGGCGUGGCCGGAGCCUGGCGCUGACGGGCAGCUGCAGCUGACGGCGGACGCGCAGCCGCUAUCGGCGAAGAUCGGGGUGUCGGUGGAGGAUCUGGCGUCGCUGCCGUCGCUGGACGUAGCGGCGGAGAAGCGAAUCGAAGGGUUAGCGAUGAAGGUUGGGGAGAACCUUUUCAAUUUCAUGCAAUCGUUUUGUGGCGUCGAUGGGUCCAAGUUGAUUGUUCCCAUGGAUAUUUUGGAUCGGUGGUUCAAGAAGUUUCAGGAACGGGCAAAGCGUGACCCUGAAUACUUGAAGGGUUUUGCUUUGUAAGUCAUAAACUGAAGAUGAAUUGUUUCUUCUUCUUUUUUUUUGUUUAUUUAAUUUAAAAUUUGUCGCUUUUUCUUAAAUGGUGUAAAAUUAAUAUUAUAGAGAAUAGAAAUUAGGGCUCAGCUUGUGUUGUUGUUCUAAUUUAAAAAUUUAAACCGAUUCAAUUCAAAUUGGAGAGGUGACUAUAACAAUGGUGUUGC